AUGAGUUCCUAUUUUGUCAAUUCCACUUUUCCCGUGUCUCUACCGGGAGGACAGGACACUCUCCUGGGUCAGAUACCGCUCUAUUCCUCGGGAUACACGGAUCCGUUACGGCACUACUCGAGUGCGACCACAUAUGGAGCGAACAUGCAGGAGAAGGUUUACCCGGCGUCUUACUACCAGCAGACGGGCGCUGCGGCGAUCUACGGCCGGGCCGGCGGAGGAGGAGGGGGCGGCGGUGCGACCUGCGAAUACAACCCGGUGGGGACUUUCUACAAGGACGCCGAGGGAUCGUGCGCCUUCCGAGAGGAGCAGCCGCUCUUCGUCACCCAGGAUCAACGCAAAUCGGAGUGCGCCGAGCAGAGCGGUGGCAUGAGCGUGGACGACAAGACUUCCACGCUCAUCUACCCGUGGAUGCAGAGGAUGAACGCGUGCUCUGCUGGUCCCUUCGGUAGCAGCGGUCGAAGGGGCCGCCAGACCUACACCAGGUACCAGACCCUGGAACUGGAAAAGGAGUUCCACUUUAACCGCUACCUGACCAGAAGGCGCCGGAUAGAGAUCUCCCACGCUCUGUGUCUGACCGAGAGACAGAUCAAAAUCUGGUUCCAGAACCGCAGGAUGAAGUGGAAAAAGGAGAACAAACUCCUGAAUCCGUCCAAGACCCCCGAAGAGGAGGAGGCGGAGACAGAGACGGAGAAGAAGGGACAAUAAAUGACGCCUGUGGUUGUAGGUUCAAGUCCUCGUGUGUGUCUUUGUGCUUGUGACUUUUAAUUUAGAGGACUAUGCAAAACGAAUCGUGCCAAAAUGUAAAUAAUGUUUUUGUUAUCACUGUAGGCCAACUGAGAUUCACUAUCAUGAUUGUGACCACCGUUAUUAUUUUCCUGUCGUGGUGUUUAGAUCGUCGUGCCAUCCUUUGUACAGACUAUUAUUUAUUGUGUUCGAUGCACAUCUGGAUUAUUGUGUGCAAUAUUUUUGUUUAAGGAUUGUACAU